GAUGUUCUAAAAUAACACACUGGCAAUGCCCAGCUGUAUGAUUAAUCGAAAAUACAAAUAAAAAUAAUUAUAAAAAAAACGAUGGCAAAUUACAGGCCUAAUUGUUAAAUACACAGACUGUGAAACAAUUUGUAAAUAAAUGUCUUACAACUGUAAACCUGAUUUUUUACUGUAGUGCAGCCGUUCAAGUGUUAAAUAAUCACAUAAAUAGUUUAUAUGACAAACAAAGAGUAUUUAAAUGCCAGCCAGCUACAAUUGUUAAUACACAAAACUACACAAUUUAAUAAAUAUUUCAACAAGCAACAACCAGUAACAAUACAACAAAAGCCUUAAAUCCAACAAACAAUAAAUAAGUGACAAGAACAACGAAAAGAUGGCCGUACAGCUGAAGAAUGCGUAUCAUCAUCUGCCGCUGACAAUAACUCCGAUCCUUUGCCAGCCACUGCUGACGCCGGCGCCGACGCCGAUGCCAUUGAAGGCGGAGCCGCCGGAUUUAACAUUUCAUUGCAUGUGCUGUGCGGAAUACUUUGUGCAUCCCCUGGCGCUUUACCAGCACAUGAACAGCAAGCAUCCCAAUGAGACGACACCGCAGGAACAACAACAACAGCAGCAGCAGCACGAGGAGCAACAAUUUGCUGAGGAUGAUAGCACCGAUUACAGCUGGAUAUUUGAGCCGGUGUGUGAGCUGGAAGUGGCUGCCGAUGCAAUGGCAUCGCGCAGCGAUGAGGAGAGCGACUCCAAUACGGACGAUGAAGCGGCGGAGGAGGGCACCGAUGCGGAUAGCGAUAACGAUGACAGUGACAGCAGCAGCAGCAGCAACAGCAGCAGCAGUAGCUCCAGCAGCAGCAGCACCACGAACACCACCACAAACGGGCACAACAGCAACUCAAACACCCAGCUGAGUCUGGAGAAUGGCGCCUACGUGGAGGUGACAUCAACUCAGCCCAUGCGCACUUUGCUGCCAAAUGAGUAUCAGUUGCCAACUGCCGAUCCGCAUGAAUCCACAUCGAUUAUACUGCUGAGGCCAACGUUGAGCAUAACGCCAGUGACAGCAGCAGCAGCACCCCCAUCCGCACAACGAUCCGCAUUGCGGCCAACAGCAGCAGCGGUCACCACUCCACUUCUGCUGCCCACACUUCACCUGGAGCCGUCGACGAUUAAACGACGACGUGGUCGUCGGAGCAAGGCGAAUGUGGUGACGGAUAGUCAUGGUGCGGCGGCAGCAGCUGUCGCCCAGUUGGGCGCAAAUGGCCAGAAGUGUUUUCAGUGCACGCACUGUGAAGCCUCCUUUCCCAAUGCCGGCGAUCUGUCCAAGCAUGUACGUUCGCACAUCUCCAACAAGCCGUUCCAGUGCUCAAUCUGCCAGAAGACCUUCACGCACAUCGGCAGUCUCAAUACGCACAUACGCAUCCACAGCGGCGAGAAGCCGUACAAAUGUGAACUCUGCCCCAAGGCCUUCACCCAGUCCAGCAGCCUGAUGGUGCACAUGCGAUCCCAUGCGGUGCGCAAGCCACACCAGUGUCUUCAGUGCGAUAAGGGUUUCAUUAAUUACAGUUCGCUGCUGCUGCACCAGAAAUCGCAUGCGGCGCCCGUCGAGAGUUUUGUGUGUCCGGAGUGCGAGCGGGAGUUCAAGGCGGAGGCGCUGCUCGACGAGCACAUGCGCAUGCAUACCCAGGAACUGGUGUAUCAGUGCGCCAUUUGUCGGCAGGCGUUCCGCGCCAGCUCGGAGCUGGUGCAGCACAUGAAGUGUCAUAUGGGCGAGAAACCAUUCACCUGUUCCCUCUGCGAUCGUUCGUUCACACAAUCCGGCAGCCUCAACAUCCAUAUGCGCAUCCAUACGGGCGAGAAGCCCUUUCAGUGCAAGCUGUGCGACAAGUGCUUCACCCAAGCGUCCAGUUUGAGUGUCCACAUGAAGAUCCAUGCGGGCGAGAAGCCAUUCCCGUGCCACAUCUGCGGCAAGGCCUACAGCCAGCAGGCCUAUCUCAAUAAGCAUAUUCAGGCGCAUGCCAUGGAUGCGACACCACCACCAGUGCUGCGACAAGCCGCUCCUCCUCCUCCUCCUCCUGCUCGUCCUGCUCCGUGUCCUCCUUUUACUACACCCGUCAUCAUCGCCGCUCAGAAGGAGACGCUCGUGUGCAUUGUGUGCGGUGCGCUGCAUGCGGAUGCCACUGCUUUGGCGUUGCAUGUGACGCGGGAGCACACAGCGCUGCUGGACAACAUAAAGCAGGCAACAAUGCCAGCAGUUCCCAUUGCGUCGGCGGCGGGCAAAUGCAGUGCGGUGGAGCGGCAGGCACAGCAACAGGCGUAUAUGCAGCGGGUGCAAUCGAUGCUGCAGCAAAUGAAUCAGCAGCAACAGCAACUGCCAGCCAUGGACUCUGCCGGCGAGGAUGAAGAGGAACUGGACGACGAUGAGCUAGACGAAGAUGAGGAGGGGGAUGAUGAUGUGGAGCCUAUCGAGCAGAUUGACGUGCAGCAAUUGGAAAAUGAUGGCAAUAACGACGAUGAAGAUGAGGACGAAGACGAAGAGAUCGAUGAUGAGAAUGUUGACGACGACAUUGAUGAAGACGAUGUUGUUGAUGAAGAUGAUGAUGUUGUUGAUAAUGACGAUGACGAUGAUGUGGGACAGCAGCUGGUUACGGAUGCAGAUAUGUAUUACGAUAUGCCCGGUGAUUUUGCCGACAUGGAAGUGGGCUGCGAGGAGGAGGUGUGUGCCGAUUUUAUUGAGAACGACGAUUAUGCUGCCGAGGAGGAGGUCUACACCGAAGACAUCUAAUCCACCUCACCUCAUAAUAUACAUUUCUAUGUGUAUAUCAGAGUUAUUAUUAUGUUCUGCAUAAGCAUUUCAAAUUUGUAUUAAUCUCCCACAUUUUAUUUGGUGGAAUUGAUGUGAACAUUUUGUGCAAAACAUUUACAAACUUAAUCUAAAAGUUUAAGAAUUGUUUUUUGGCCAUAGUUCGUAUUACCGCUUAUGAUUUAUACUUAUUCAUUAACAAGGAAACACGAACAGCUAUCUUUGGCACUCCGAAGAUUACAUACGCUUGCAGAUCACAGCUAAAUUUAAUGGUACAUGAACAAAAAUUGACCGAUUGUUCCUAUGGGAACUUUGUAAAGGUCCGAUGUUAUUUAAAAGUGAUACCAUCUGCAAGGGUAAACACACCCACCACUUAAUGUCAAGUAGCGCUCAGAUCUCUAUUGCUUAAAUGUUCUAUAGACUUGAAUAUUUUUCGGCUUUGCCCUAUUUCAACUUUCACGUCUGGCAUAUCAUCUCUCUUUAGUAUCACAUUAGGUAAUCCCGCUUAGAGUUCUGAGUCAGACUUUCCCCAUUCGAAUGUGCACCACUUCAAAUAGUAUUUUACUUUAGUAUUAAGCUACUCACUGUAUGCUGCUCAUUUACCAAAUGACGCCCACAAUUAAUUGUGGGCUCAUAUUUGCCCUAUAUUAAUUCCUGUUCCUUGCUGUAAGGAUCCUGAAGAGAUUACAUUAAUCGUUACCUUAAAAAGAAAAACUGUUUAUAAUUUAAUGGAAACUUAUCUUUAGAGAGUUAAGCGUUCAUCGUGCUGAACCUAAAAAAUAUAGUUUAUUUUUGUCCACAA